ACCUACUUUUAGGAGAUGGAAGCAAAGAAAUCUGACAAGAGAAUUCAUUUUAUUGAAGACGAGGUCAAGGAUCAUGAAGGCCAUAUUAUUAGAAAAGCCAGUGAUAAAUUUGUGAGAGGAGAUACAGAAGAAGAAGAUGAAGUAGAUGAAGAUAUUGACAAAAGAUUGGAAGAAGCUCACAAGAAUGCAGAAACUAACCUUGUCAAAACUAAAAGUGUUGCAGAAGAUGAGGCUAAGGACGAGGAAGAUGAUAAAAAAUAAAGCAUUUAUUCUACUAAAAGCCUUAUAUACUUAUAAUAUACAAUG